AUGGCUGAAUUACAACAAGUCCUUGAACUACUAAGGAAGCUGGAUACGAAACAGGAGGAAUUAUCUGCUCAAGUUGAAUCACUCAAAUCCAGCAGGACAUGUCAAUGUGCGCAUCACAUUUCGUCACCUACAUCACCUUCUCCAGCAUCACCAUCAGGGCUGGGAUUAGGAGAUGAUCGAAUCCCUUCACUUCCUUCUUCCCCUCGAACUAACUCUGGAGGAGUAGAAGCAUUACGACAAUCAAGAGGAUCUUUCUCAACUUUGACUUCAUUCUUACCUUCUGCUUUAUCAUCAAGUCUACCAAUUGCACUUGGAUCCAGUCCACCCUCCAACUCCAAUGGGAACAGCAUCAGUAAUGGCGGAACCAGUACUCCGUAUGGAAACUUGAGUCUUGAAGCUGCAAAUCAUGGCGCCGGCGCUCCAGGUGGAUUGGUACCUCCCGGUGAUAAGAAUGGGAAGAAAUCAGGCUAUCCAAGUAGAGUCGUCUUGACCACAUACCCUUCGCAAGCUGGAAUCCACCCCAUCCCCAUCAACUGGGGUGCAGGACCCACGGCGAGAGAACGAGGUCCAGUGGUUUGCUCUCGAAUCAAAUCAAACUUGCUCAUCAGAAACUCCAUCGGUGCACAUGCUGGAUCAUAUUCCAUUUACAGAGCGUUAUCCAUUGCGAUGGGUCAAUUGAGUACUGAUUGGAGACCGGAUUUGACCAAUACCCAUCCUCCGUUCGUCCUUCCUCCCACCGAUGGAUGGUUCGGCGACAAGAUCGUUUCUUUUGAUCCUUGGGGUGCCAUGUCUCAAGAGAUCUGGGGUAAAGAAUACGCCGAGGGACUUGAUGUUCGACCUACCAUCUCUCAAACCAAAGCCCAUAUCAAGAUUGAAGAGCUCGAUGUCCUCGCUCGUAAAGGAGAAUUUCCAGUGGAUGGGGAUAUCGUCAUCAAAUCACCAGAGUUACCCGCUUUCCCAGGUGUAGAUCAAGGUGUAGAAGUGAACACGUACAAAGCUGCCGUUGAUCCUGUCUGGUACCUCCCUGGUGUAGCAGCUAGAUUAGGGGUUGACGAAUCGGUAUUACGGAGAACUUUAUUCGAAGAUACAGGAGGGAUGUAUCCUGAAUUAUUAACCCGACCUGACAUAAAGAUAUUCUUGCCUCCUAUAGGAGGAAUGACAAUCUACAUCAUUGGAGAUCCAUCAAAAUUGAAAGAUCCCAAAACAGAAGUAACAUGUAGACCACAUGAUUCAUGUUCUGGUUCGGACGUUUUCGGAUCAGAUAUAUGUACAUGUAGACCUUAUCUGAUAUUUGGUAUUUCAGAAGCUAUAAAAUGUGCUCAAAGAGGUGGUGUUGGUGUUAUCAUUUACUUCCAAAAGGAAGGAAGAGCCUUGGGAGAAGUAGUCAAAUAUAUGGUGUAUAAUCGAAGGAAAAGAGGAGGUGAUUCAGCAGCUGAAUAUUUCAAUAACACAGAAGUGGUAGCUGGAGUCAAAGAUGCAAGACAUCAAGCUUUGAUGCCUGACGUUUUACAUUUCUUGGGAAUCAAAAGAAUCGAUAAUUUAAUUUCCAUGAGCAAUAUGAAAUACGACGCCAUCGUGGGAAGUGGUAUUGAAGUCAUAAACAGGUAUGAGAUUCCUGAAGAGUUGAUACCUGCGGAUGGCAGAGUUGAGAUUGAUGCCAAGAUCCAAUCGGGCUAUUUCUCAAAGAAGGAAGUCACAGAUGAUGCAGUCAAGAAGACCAAAGGAAGGGAUUGGGAGGAUAUCGUCCACUGA